CUAAAACCAAUUAUGGAUUACAUUAGAAUCUAGAGCAGCAACGCGUGAUCAAGCUGGCACCUCUCACUUCACUCAUGAGUCAUGACCCUCCCCCAAAUUUGACUUCACCAAUACGCUCUCGCCAUUCAGACCUCUUUCCCUACACCUUCCUUUUCAAAUUUCCAUUUCCCUUCCCUCCCUAUAUAUACCUCAUUGUCUCGUUUCUCCUUCACAUCCUACUUCAUCUCUUCUAAAUUCUAAUUCCUUAUUACAUUUCAAUUCUUCCCUCUUGGUAAAAUUAACGCCAAUGGCCUCUCCUCUAUACUCGAGCGUUGUUUUGAACCUGAUCCUCGUUAUUUCUCUGCUCCAUUUGAGCUCGGAAGCAAGAAGACUGACGCAAAACGACCAGCAACAGUUGCAGUUCCAAUACCACAAAGGCCCUCUUCUCAGCGGUAAAGUCUCCAUUAAUCUCAUCUGGUACGGUAAAUUCAACCCUUCCCAGCGAGCCAUUAUCUCCGACUUCAUCACCUCCCUUUCCGCACCCAAACCUUCUGUCACAGCCCAACCAUCCGUUGCCACGUGGUGGAAAGCCACAGACAAAUACUACAAUCUCAUUAAGUCACCAAAACCCGCCCCAACUCUCACCCUCACCCUCGGAGCCCAACUUCUGGACGAGAACUACUCUCUAGGAAAAUCACUCACCACCGACCACAUCGUUAAGUUAGCAUCCAAGGCUCCCCAAAACAACGCCAUCAAUGUGGUUCUCACAGCCGCUGACGUGGCUGUUGAUGGGUUCUGUUCUAGUAAGUGCGGGACACACGGUUCUACUUCUUCCGUGGGGCCCAAAUUUGCUUACGUGUGGGUGGGUAAUUCAGAGACACAGUGCCCGGGUCAAUGCGCGUGGCCCUUCCAUCAGCCCAUUUAUGGCCCACAAAACCCACCCUUGGUUGCGCCCAACAACGAUGUGGGCCUCGACGGCAUGGUCAUCAACUUGGCCAGUCUGUUGGCUGGGACCGUUACCAACCCUUUUGGGAACGGCUACUUCCAAGGACCGAAAGAGGCACCACUGGAAGCUGGUUCGGCUUGCACUGGACUCUACGGAAAGGGCGCUUACCCGGGCUAUGCUGGGGAACUCUCUGUGGACCCAACAAGUGGUGCUAGCUACAAUGCCAAUGGCGUCAAUGGUAGGAAAUAUUUGUUGCCAGCACUCUUUGACCCAACCACUGCCACUUGUUCUACUCUAGUAUAAAACUAUGUAACACAACAACGCGCCUCCUCCUUAGAUUAUUACGUCAUUGCUCUAAUUAGGUGCUAGGCAAUGACCAAAGAGAUUCUUUUAUUUGUUUAUUAAUUUAUUCGUCAAUAAAAUUAUGAAAUUCAAUGUACCAACGAAAAAUAUACUCCAAUUCAAGUUGAGUUCAUGCCUAAAUGCUAUUUCGUGUCUUCAACUA